AUGAACCGAAGACAGAUUAGUGAAAUUCAAAAUUAUUUAAAUGAGAGUGAUAGUGGUUCUAGUUUGUUUUCUUGUGGGGACGAUUCGGAUAACGAUCCGAGUUAUGAACAACCAAGGCCACAUUCUCAAUCUUUGCCACCUGUACGUUGUUCGUUUGAUUCUGGUGACGACUGUGGACCUGAACUUACUGGAUCAAAUAAUUAUCAAAAUUCAGAUGACAACUUGUCGGUGGAUGACAGUUCAAGUGAGUCUAGUGAUGAUAAUUCUGAUACUGAUAGUUGGGUUGAAGAUUACGCCGAUAUUCCAGACUAUGCAUUUGAUGAUAGUCACAGUGGUAUAAAAUUAAAUAUUUCUGAAAGUUCUCGUGAAUUUCCAAUUGAAAUUUUUACUCAAUUUUGGACAGAUGACAUUUUUGAUAUGGUAAUUGAAUCAACUAAUAAAUAUGGGGAAAAUUUGAGUAAAGCUAAUCGACCUCAUAAAAAAAAUGCACGAGCUUCGACAUUCAAACCAGUAGAUUUAGAUGAAAUCAAACGCUUUCUUGGUAUUUGUUUACUUGGUGGAGCAGUAAAGUUUUCUGUUAUUCGAGACAUGUUUUCACAAAAUCCAUUAUAUUACCAUCCGGUUUUUAAUCAUAUUAUGUCUGGCAGAAGGUUUGAUCAAAUACUCAAUUGCUUUAGUGUACAGUAUACUGACCGUUAUAAUAAUGAAGUGAUUGGACCUAUGAUGAAAGUCCAACCAUUAUUUGACACAUUAAUUCAAAAUUUUCAGACAGCUUUUAUUCCUACCGAACAUUUAUCAAUAGAUGAAUCAUUAUUGUUACACCGUGGUCGAAUUAUAUUUAGACAAUAUAUAAAAAACAAGAAGGCUAGGUAUGGCAUUAAAUUUUACGAACUCACUUCAUAUGAUGGGUAUGUGCUCAAUAUAGAAAUGUACCAAGGAAAGCAAGAACAAUCAGCUGUACCAUCUAGGACAUCAAAAAUAGAUAGUAUUGUUUUAAGGCUAAUGAAUAAUUACCUAAAUAAAGGGUUCUCUCUAUACAUGGACAACUAUUAUAACAGUGUGACACUUUCAAAUACUUUACUUGAACUAAAAACGCACACAACUGGGACUUUAAGAAAAAAUCGUAAAGGAAACCCAAAAGUUGUAGUUGAUAAUAAACUAAAAAAAGGACAACAUGUAUGGAGACGUAAAAAUAAUGUUUACGUAAGUAAAUGGAAGGAUAAGCGUGAUGUUUUGUGUAUAACAACUAGAGUACAUCCAAAAUUAAUACAGUCAGAAAAUCGGUACGGCCAACAAAAGAGAAUAAAAUCAGAAAACAAACGUCUUUCCAGUGCAAGCAAUGUGCAAAACCACUAUGUGCUGGUUUUUGUUUUGAAGCAUAUCACAAAAAUUUGUAAUUAA